AUGCCGCGCGCAGCUCGCAGGCGUGGGGGUGGUGGUGGUGGUGGUGAAGGCUCUGAGGCCGGCAUCCUUCCGCAGCGCGUGCGGCCCGUCCCACUCCGCCUCUUUUCAACGCAGUUGCAGAUGCUUCCGCUUCUGCCGCAGUACGCCGUGCGGUACGAGCGGCGGCAACGACGACAGCGUCGUGCGGCGAAGGAAGGGAUUGUCACAGUGGAACGCAGGUGUAUCAUACCUUUGCGUUUUUGCGAUGUGUCUGUUGGGAAUCAACUCCCCAGCCGAGCUGGUGCCAGGCGCAGCGCUGAGAUGCGCUUCAAUACUGUUCUGUGGGGCAUGAAGGAUGUGUGUCGCCUGAAGUUCGCCGAGUUGACACCAGCAAACAGUUGCUUCACCUUUCUGUGA